GAAAAGGAAGGGGGCUACGGGUAGUUGUGUGUAUGGGGUGCAUUAGAGCGGCGCAGCACCGAGCAGGGAAGGAGGUGGCGUCCUGGAGUCUUUGGAAAGAUAAAGGGCGAUGACCACCCCGGCAGGUUCGGGCGCAGGCUUCGGCUCCGUGUCCUGGUGGGGCCUGUCCCCGGCGCUGGACCUGCAAGCUGAGAGUCCUCCUGUGGACACAGACUUGCGGAACGAUACAGAGCACAGGACCCCGGAGCUAGAUGUACUGCUGCUGGGCUCCGUGGAUGGGCGGCACCUGCUUCGGACCCUGGCCCGGGCCGCGCUCUGGCCUCGCAGAGGGUUACAUUUCUAUGUGCUAGAGAAUAAUCUGGAAGCUGUGGCCCGACACAUGCUGAUCUUCAGUCUAGCUUUGGAGGAACCUGAGACGAUGGGGUUGCAAGAGAGGAGCGAGACCUUCCUGGAGCUGUGGGGGAACGCGCUGCUGCGCCCUCAGGUGGCCGCCUUCGUGCGCGCCCAGGCCAACCGCCUGGCGCACCUGGUCCUGGAGCCUGACCGCCUGGCGGAGCAGCUGCCCUGGUUCAGCCUGGGUGCCCUCAAGUUCCGCGAGCGCGACGCCCUGGAGGCUGUGUUCCGCUUCUGGGCCGGCGGGGAGAAGGGGCCCGAGGCCUUCCCCAUGUGCCGCCUCUGGGACUCCAGGCUGCGUCACUACCUGGGCUCCCGUUACGACGCCCGGCGCGGUGUCAGCGACUGGGACUUGCACAUGAAGCUGCACGACCGUGGGGCCCGAGUCAUCCACAUUCACGAGUUCCGUCGUUGGAGGGACACAGGCGUCGCCUUUGAACUCAGAGACUCCAGCGCCUACCACAUGCCAAACCGGACCCUUGCGUCCGGUCGCCUCCUGAGUCAUCACGGAGAGCGUGUCGCAGCGCGCGGGUACUGGGGGGACAUCGCCACGGGGCCAUUCGUGGCUUUUGGCAUCGAAGCGGACGAUGACAGCCUCCUGCGGACCAGCAACGGACAGCCAGUCAAGACGGCUGGUGAGAUUACUCAGCACAACGUGACGGAGCUGUUCCGAGAGGUGGCCGCCUGGGGGCGCCCGAGAAACACCCAGGGAAACCCCGAGCAGGUGCACCAAGACAAGGACCGAGGCCCAGAGCCUGCCCCUGCCCCGGAAUUCUUCACUGUGCACUUCCUGCCUCUCGGCUCUGCCCAGACCCUUCACCACAAGAGCUGCUACAAGGAACGGUUCCAGCUUCUCUACGUGGCCUGUGGCCCCACCUCUCCCUCAGGACCUGAAAGUCUCAGCAUCAGCCCUCCCUUUCCUCUGCGCAGGAUGGUUCAUCUUCUCAGCCCGGAUCUCGGGGCCUGCGUGGUCCCCGGAGGACGCCUGGUGGUGGAAUUAGCCCGGUACCUGGUGGACCUGCGGCAGGAGCAGCUGCAGGGGUUUGCCACCCGGGUCGGGGAGCUAGCUCGGGCGGCUGGCUUCACUCCCCCGCCCCAGGCCCAGGCCUCCGAGACCUUCGCGCGCUUCUACAAGGCCCGGGACUCUGCUUGCCACCGCACUUAUGCGGCUGUGGACUCCGUGACUCCGCCCCCUGACGUCCUGGUCCCACCCCUUGAGGACCAGAGCCAGCCUCUCGAAGGCAGGACCCUGCCCUCUGAGCCCCUCCAGCUGCCCCCAGAGUCUCCGGCUUCAGGCUCAGAGGUUCCGGCUGCACCCACAGAGAAUCAGAGCCCAAAACCAGGGAGUCCGACCCCACUCCCAGAUACCCAGUCACCCAUCUCUGACUUGUAAAGUCAGGUCCUGGGAUUAAGUCCGCCUCUAGAAUUCUCAGUUAUAUUCUCAACAGUCUCAGUCAGCUCCAGAGGCAUUGCUAGAAUUUCAGAUUACCUUCCUGGGAUUCUAUUUUCUGUUCCUAGAAUUCUAGAUUGUUCUUUAAGAGUCACGCAUUCCACUCUUGAGACUCUAAACACCGCCUACAGAGAUCCAGCCUGAGUCUCAGGCCUUCUGUGUGGUCUCCUGUCCCCAGACGUCCUGUAUUAACUGGGGUUUGGGAGAUUCUGCUCUCCAGGGCCGGUCAACAGCCACACUGUCCAAGUAAAGAGAGCAGGGUCCUCUUCUUCGUGUGUCCAUGUGUCUUUAUGGUCUUCAUUCUCGUCUCCAGGGCUGGGAGGGGGAUGAGCUAGGGUGGUCAAGACAGGAGAGCUAGUGAGCUAGAGGUGGAUUUCUCCAUGCUUUUGUUGCCUGAGAGUCUGGGCCAUCCCUGGAUCCUCAAGUAAAUCAACAAAAUUUAUUGACUGGCUGAAAGGUUUGGGAUACAGAAACUGACCAUAGCUCCUAUGGAGAUUACAGUUUAGUGUGGGGGUGAGGCCCAGACUUCUGGGUCUGAGGGAGGAGGGGCUGUGGGCCUGGACUCUUGGGUCUGAGGGAGGAGGCGCUGUGGGCCUGGACUCCUGGGUCUGAGGGAGGAGGGCCUGAGGGUCUGGACUCCUGGGUGUGAGGGAGGAGGGGGCUGGGGGUCUGAAGUCCUGGGUCUGAGAGAGGAGGGAAAUGGGGGUGUGGACUCCUGGGUCUGAAAGAGGAGGGGGCUGGCGGCUUCCCAGACCGCCAAGGUGGAAGGGUGAUCCAGCUGGAGCAUGGCCCACCCCACCCCUCACGCGCUCUUGUUAUCUCGCAUCCUGGGCUGGGGGAGGAGGUGACAGCAGUAUAUUUAGUCUCAGUCCACGCCCCUUAUCUCAGUGUCCCCAGCGAAGCUUGAGCAGCCAAGACGAGACCAAAGCCCCGAGGGCCUUCAAGGUCACCCCUGACGCCCCCUCACUGACCCUCCAAGCUCCCCUUGCCCCUUCUCUGCCUCUUGCAACCCCUGGCCUGCGUCUCAGCAUGGCGGACGAGUGCCCAAGCCCCGCUCCGGCCCCGAUCCGACGCAGGUCCUCGGCCAACUACCGCGCGUAUGCGACGGAGCCUCACGCCAAG